GGCUUUAAGGAGGAAGGGACGAGGGACAUGUAGAUAGCUGGGUUUAAGGAGGAAAGGACGAGGGACAUGUGGGUAGCUGGGUUUAAGGAGGAAGGGACGAGGGACAUGUGGAUAGCUGGGUUUAAGGAGGAAGGAAUGAGGGACAUGUGGAUAGCAGGCUUUAAGGAGGAAGGGACGAGGGACAUGUGGAUAGCAGGCUUUGAGGAGGAAGGAACGAGGGACAUGUGGGUAGCUGGGUUUAAGGAGGAAGGGACGAGGGACAUGUGGAUAGCUGGGUUUAAGGAGGAAGGGACGAGGGACAUGUGGAUAGCUGGGUUUAAGGAGGAAGGAACGAGGGACAUGUGGAUAGCUGGGUUUGAGGAAGGAACGAGGGACAUGUGGGUAGCAGGGUUUAAGGAGGAAGGAACGAGGGACAUGUGGAUAGCUGGCUGAGGAAGGGACGAGGGACAUGUGGAUAGCAGGCUUUGAGGAAGGGACGAGGGACAUGUGGAUAGCAGGCUUUGAGGAAGGGACGAGGGACAUGUGGAUAGCAGGCUGAGGAAGGGACGAGGGACAUGUGGAUAGCAGGCUUUAAGGAGGAAGGGACGAGGGACAUGUGGAUAGCAGGCUUUAAGGAGGAAGGGACGAGGCACAUGUGGAUAGCAGGCUUUAAGGAGGAAAGGACGAGGGACAUGUGGAUAGCAGGCUUUAAGGAGGAAGGGACGAGGGAAAUGUGGAUAGCAGGCUUUGAGGAAGGGACGAGGGACAUGUGGACAGCAGGCUUUAAGGAGGAAGGGACGAGGGACAUGUGGAUAGCAGACUUUAAGGAGGAAGGGACGAGGGACAUGUGGGUAGCAGGCUUUAAGGAGGAAGGGACGAGGGACAUGUGGAUAGCAGGCUUUAAGGAGGAAGGGACGAGGGACAUGUGGAUAGCAGGCUUUAAGGAGGAAGGGACGAGGGACAUGUGGAUAGCAGGCUUUAAGGAGGAAGGGACGAGGGACAUGUGGAUAGCAGGCUUUAAGGAGGAAGGGACGAGGGACAUGUGGAUAGCAGGCUUUAAGGAGGAAAGGACGAGGGACAUGUGGAUAGCAGGCUUUAAGGAGGAAGGGACGAGGGACAUGUGGAUAGCAGGCUUUAAGGAGGAAGGGACGAGGGACAUGUGGACAGCAGGCUUUAAGGAGGAAGGGACGAGGGACAUGUGGAUAGCAGGCUUUAAGGAGGAAGGGACGAGGGACAUGUGGGUAGCAGGCUUUAAGGAGGAAGGGACGAGGGACAUGUGGAUAGCAGGCUUUAAGGAGGAAGGGACGAGGGACAUGUGGAUAGCAGGCUUUAAGGAGGAAGGGACGAGGGACAUGUGGAUAGCAGGCUUUAAGGAGGAAGGGACGAGGGACAUGUGGAUAGCAGGCUUUAAGGAGGAAGGGACGAGGGACAUGUGGAUAGCAGGCUUUGAGGAAGGGACGAGGGACAUGUGGAUAGCAGGCUUUGAGGAAGGGACGAGGGACAUGUGGAUAGCAGGCUUUGAGGAAGGGACGAGGGACAUGUGGAUAGCAGGCUUUGAGGAAGGGACGAGGGACAUGUGGAUAGCAGGCUUUAAGGAGGAAGGGACGAGGGACAUGUGGAUAGCAGGCUUUAAGGAGGAAGGGACGAGGGACAUGUGGAUAGCAGGCUUUAAGGAGGAAGGGACGAGGGACAUGUGGAUAGCAGGCUUUAAGGAGGAAGGGACGAGGGACAUGUGGAUAGCAGGCUUUAAGGAGGAAGGGACGAGGGACAUGUGGAUAGCAGGCUUUAAGGAGGAAGGGACGAGGGACAUGUGGAUAGCAGGCUUUAAGGAGGAAGGGACGAGGGACAUGUGGAUAGCAGGCUUUAAGGAGGAAGGGACGAGGGACAUGUGGAUAGCAGGCUUUAAGGAGGAAGGGACGAGGGACAUGUGGAUAGCAGGCUUUAAGGAGGAAGGGACGAGGGACACGUGGAUAGCAGGCUUUAAGGAGGAAGGGACGAGGGACAUGUGGAUAGCAGGCUUUGAGGAAGGGACGAGGGACAUGUGGAUAGCAGGCUUUGAGGAAGGGACGAGGGACGUGUGGAUAGCAGGCUGAGGAAGGGAUGAGGGACAUGUGGAUAGCAGGCUGAGGAAGGGACGAGGGACAUGUGGAUAGCAGGCUGAGGAAGGGACGAGGGACAUGUGGAUAGCAGGCUGAGGAAGGGACGAGGGACAUGUGGAUAGCAGGCUGAGGAAGGGACGAGGGACAUGUGGAU